CUCACACAACUAGCCCUUCCACACACCCCCACAAGCCCACGAGCAAGCAGGAUGCACUUCAUCGUCCCUCUCCCGCUCCUCCUUUCGUUCAUCACACUAGCCGUUUCCCUAGUCCUCCCACGGACCACCACCUCCUCCACCUCCACCCUCGAGGCGACCACCGACCGUCUAAUCUUCUCGACCCCCCUCGCCACCUUCCUCACCUCCAAAACCACUCUCUCCACCACCACCACCACCCCCUCCGAAACCUUCGACUGGAGUACCGACGGCUGUUCCAGCCCCCUAAAAUCCAACGGGGGUUUCAACUUCGUUGACUCUUGCACGCGGCACGACUUUGGCUACCGCAACUACAAACUGCAGGGACGUUUUUCCGAAGCGGCCCGCAAAAGGAUUGAUGGCGUGUUCCGGCAGGACCUGGAGGACGAGUGCAGAAAGCUCGGGUUCAUGAGGUUUCUGAGGUGUCAGAGACUUGCUGAGGUGUAUUAUACUAGUGUGAGGAGGUUUGGAGAUGUGGAGACGGAGGGGGUGCAGGGUCUGGAGGAUGUGGUCGGGUUGGUGGGGGAUGUGUUGGAUAGAAGGGCGGUGGAGGUGGAGGGGGAGAAGGGGGAGAUUGCGGUCGAGAAGUCGGUGGUUUGA